AUGGACCCCGCAGUCGCCGCCGAACUCGAGAAGUUCUCCGACAACGACACCGUCCCCUUUCGCACCGCAUCGAACCACACACAGUCAACAUGGGCGCGUACCUUUCACAGCCAUCCUGAACUUUACAUCCAGCCUCAAAGCCUCCCAGAGAUCGAGAAAGCGAUCAACCUCGCGCGUCGGUGCAGACGUCGCAUUACGACUGUAGGAUGUGGCCACUCUCCAUCUUCUAUAACAACAACCUCGUCAUGGCUUAUGAACUUGGAUAACUAUGACAAGAUAAUCGAUGUGAACAAGGAAACUGGCGCGGUGCGGAUGCAAAGUGGAAUACGGUUGUAUGCGCUUUCAGACGAGUUGGAUAAAAUUGGCCUGGCAAUGCCAAAUCUGGGAAGCAUAAACGAGCAGAGUAUCGCAGGGGCUAUCAGUACUGGUACGCAUGGUAGCACACUGCGCCAUGGUACGCUCUCUAGCAGUAUCUCGAGUCUCAAGAUCACACUGGCAAAUGGAAAGACAGAGAGUUGUUCUAGGGAGGAAAACGUCGACCUGUUCCGCGCAGCACUUCUCAGUCUGGGGGCCCUUGGUGUGGUGACUGAGGUUACUUUCCACGCAGUCCCCGCUUUUACUUUGGCUUGGAAACAAGUGAUAGAUAGAGACCAUUCUCUGUUCGAAUCUUGGGAUAAAGAGUUAUGGAAACAGAGCGAAUUCGUCCGCGUAUGGUGGUAUCCAUAUACGCGACGAGGAGUUGUUUGGUCAGCAGAAAAGACGGAGGAGCCACAACGCGAUCCAAAACGAUCAUUUGUGAAGAAGUUCUACGAAAAGUGGUUAGCUUACCAGGUCUACCACAAUCUCCUGGGCGCGUCUCAAUACCUUCCACGAAUCCUUCCUUGGAUUGAAUGGUUCGUUUUUGGCAUGCAAUUUCGUUUCACAAACGGCCUAGUCAGCUCGGCUGUUCAGCCAUCUGGAAAAGCACUUCUCAUGGAUUGUAUGUACAGCCAGUUCGUCAAUGAAUGGGCUAUACCGCUUGAUAAAGGCCCGGAAGCACUGCGACGGCUGAGUUCAUGGCUCAACCAUCUUUCACCUUCAGAUCCAGACUAUCUUCCUCACGGGAUCCCAUUUAGCGCAGAUGGUCUUUACGUUCACGCACCAGUAGAAGUACGCGUGACCGAUACCUCCACCCUCAAAGAUCCCCGACCUUUCCUCGACCAGACCGAGUCAAGGGGACCAACUCUCUAUCUAAAUGCCACUCUCUACCGCCCAUAUAACUCCGACCCACCAUGUCGACACCGCUACUACCAAGGCUUCGAGUACCUCAUGAAAGAACUCGGCGGUCGUCCUCACUGGGCCAAGAACUUCGAAACUCUCGGUCACGAGAUUGAAGAAAUGUACGGCGACGACCUGGUCAAUUGGCGUGAGAUCCGUGAUAACCUUGAUCCGGAAGGUAUGUUUGUGGGUGAUUGGCAUCGACGGACGGUUAUGGGCGAUGGACCACGGUUACCGCUUGAAGAGGUGGAGAUUAUGAGGGAGGAUGCGAAGGGUGGUGGUGUUGUUGUUAGAGGUGUGGUAGGGAAGGGACAUGGGACGUUGAGUACGAAGAGUAGUGAGGAGAGUUUUGAUGAGUUGAGGGCUAGUGAGAUUACUGUGAGGGGGGAUUAG